AUGGGAGAGCUGAGCCUAACCUGGGCUGCAGUGAUGCCAGAGGGCAGCUGGGGCCUGACCAGCGCCCCUGUGAGCGCCAGCCUCGUGCCCCUGACUUCCACCCCCUCUGGCCAGCGGGGCUGCAGCACUGCCCUUUGUCUGCCCUGCCCAGCCCUGGGGCCAGUCCCUGCCCCAGCCCUGGUGGCAGCUGGCCUGCUCUGGGCCCUGCUGAGCCUGGCCCUGGGCAUGGAGGGGAGCAGGCCGGAAAGUUUGCUUUUAAAAUCCUUGGGCCUGAGCACCAAGCCGAACCCCAAGGCCCCCGCCCCGGUGCCCUCCGUGCUGUGGAGGAUCUUCAGGAAGCGAGAGCAGCUCUCUGGGAAGCAGGGGCCGGAGCAGGCCUGCAGGGUGGAGGAAUUGAAUGUCCCUGGGAACAUCCUGCGUGUCUUCGCCGACCAAGGUACAGAGCCUCCGCUUCGGUGGUUGUGGGUCCGCGCAGGGACUGGGGCUGGGAGUCCUCUGGUCUUCCUGCCUCGGAACCCUCUUGCGUGGGCGCCCGAACCCAGCUGGGAUCCUGGCUGGGGGUUUCCUGGAGAGAGGCAGUGGGGGCUAGUGGUUGGAGCCAAGGUCUCUUUCCAGCACCGGCCGCAGGGCCUGUGCGACUCCUUCCUCCGCACCUCCCUGCUGGUGGUGUCCCUCAGCCAGAAGCAGUGCAACGCCUCCCGGCAGCGGCGAAGCGCCUACGACGCCCCCGUCACCCCGAGCAACCUCUGCAAGCCCCGGCGGCUCUACAUCAGCUUCAGCGACGUGGGCUGGGAAAACUGGAUCAUCGCCCCGCAGGGCUACAUGGCCAACUACUGCCUGGGGGAGUGCCCCUUCCCGUUGACGGAGGAACUCAACAGCACCAACCACGCCAUCCUCCAGACCAUGGUGCAUUCCCUUGACCCGGAAGGAACCCCCCAGCCCUGCUGCGUGCCGGUCCGGCUGUCCCCCAUCUCCAUCCUCUAUUACGACAACAACGAUAACGUGGUGCUGAGACACUACGAGGACAUGGUGGUGGAUGAGUGUGGCUGCCGGUAACAGCAAGAGGGGAUCCAACGGCUGGCGGAGGGGAGUGGGUCACUGGGCGAUUUGGAUGAUGGAUGGAAUCAAAGGGGUUUGAAUCGCCUUUGGGUGGGGGGCAGGGUAGGGACCCUGCCUCUUUUCACUGGGUGCAGUUGGUGGCUGAGCUGCUCCUUUGAGGCAGUGCUGCAAAUGCAGCCUCAACGGGAGCGCUUGAUUUCUGGCAUCCAGCAG